ACAUGCACGCGGCAGCAUCUAACCGUUCAUACUAAUACAUUUGCAAUUUUUUUUUUUAUAUAAUAUAUAUUGUAUUUUUUUUUUAUAACAUUUACUUCAAGAUUCCAACGUGGUGUGUCCAUUUUUAUUAUUAUUAUUAUUUUGUUUCAAUUAUUUCUAUUCUUUUCUUACAAUGAUAAUGGAACAUCAAAUUUUUAUUAAAUUUAUUGACAAUACGUAUGAAAUAUUUAAUAACACUUAUAUAUUUACAUGCUAAUAGAUAUUAUUUUGUAAAAUUUUAAAACUCAUGUAGCAGGUGUUACAACAAGUGCAAUAAUGUGUGUAGUUGUAAUAAAAAUAUAAUAAUUAUAUUGUGGUUUUAUUAAUUUAAUUUGUGGAUAUAUUAUCAAUGAAAAUAAUAUCAUUAAUUAUCAUUGAUUAAUUUUUUAUAGUGAUAUUAUAUUUAUCAAUUGAUUAGCCAAAAUUUUAAUUGUACUUUUUAAUUAUUGGCUGUUUAUUUACAUAAAAAAUUUUAAAAUUUAUAUAUAACAAUAUUUUAGUGAUUUUAAAUUGUUUUUAUUUUAACAAUAAUUAGCAUAUACAUGUAUGUAUUAUUAUAAAUAAAUAAUACAAUAUUCAAGUGACGAUAAUAAUAAAAAAAAAAAAAAUUUUAAUAAAACUUUUAUCAAGUUUUGUGAUUUUAAUAGAUGACCAAGUGAUUUAAAAAAAAAAAAACAAAUAUUUAAUAAUUAAAAUGUGCAAGUAAUGUGGUAUCAAUAGAUCAAAUAAAUAAUAUUAUUAAUUAACCAAAAAACGCAGUAAAUAAAAUUGUGAUAUAAUUUUGCAAUAUGUAAAUUACCAGUGCUAUUUAAUUAACUAAAUAAUAAAGAAGCUAAAAAAAAAAAAAAAAGUGUUUAUCAUUUUAAAAAACUCUGUGUUAUAUGGUCCAAAUAAAAAAGAUAUAAAAAAAAAAAAGAGAGAGAUAAAAAGAGACAAAAAAGGAUUUCAUUCAAGGUUUUGUAUCUCGUUGGAUAAUAAUAGAGGCAUUGCAAAUUUGGGGCCAUCGCUGACGGGUAUAUACCAGGGUCCUUAAUUUUUUUUUUUUUUUUAUUUUCUUAAACCAAGAGAGUUUAUUAUCACGUAAAGUGUUGAAAAAAAAAAAAAAAAGAAAUAUUCGCAGGACUGGCGGGUUUGAACAGUGAAGAAGUGCAACGGUGGAUAGCUGAAACAUCAAGAUCAAAGUUUCAAAUAUCACCACUUGUAAUUGCACCAUUAUUAUCAAAUAAUAUUGAUAUAAUAAAUAAUAAAAAAAAUAAUUUAGUAAGUAAAAAAUUUAUACUGCCUGUAUCCAUGACACAGACACCAAGUAUGCACUUAUUAGAAAAAGAUAAUUUGAUAGAAAAUGCGAUGGCACAUCAGCAACAACAACAACAACAUAAUCAAUUACAAUACAAUCGACAAAAAGAUAAACAAACUGUUAGUCCAAUAAAUAAUAAUAAUAAUAAUAUUAAUAAUAAUAAUAAUAAUGAUACAUGGAGAACAAUACAAAGUAGUCAUCAAUGGUGGACAGCCCAAAAUUGUAUACGACAAGAUCAAGAGAUGGCACCAAUUGUACAAACAAAUCAGGUACAAUGUAUUAUUGCAGAAUCAUUAAAUCAAGUUAAACGUAAUUAUACACAACAAUCAAGUAAUCAUAUUGAAAAUGAACAACCAUUAGAUUUUUCAGUUGGUUCAUUAAAACAAAAAAAAAUACAUCCACAUGUUAUACAAAAUAAAAUGGUUGAUAAUAAUAAUGAUAUUGAUAUACAAAGAAUUAAAAUAAUGAGAAGCUUUAAUAGUGAUAGAAGAAAUUCAAGUGCAAGUGAUGCUAGUACAAGUGUUAGCGACGAUGAAGGUGUAUCAACAAGAACAAGUCCAUUGAAUCGUUUACAUACUAUUGAUACUUCACAUGUCAAGGAAGAAAGAAGCAGCUCCCAUGAGUCACCUUGCUCAAUCAAAGAUUCAUGUGGUACGAUUGAUCCCAGCACCUAUGAUAAAGGAUGGAGAGAUGAUGGUGAAACAACGUGGCGAAAUGAUCAAAUAUAUAAAAGAUCAUCACCAUCAUUAAAUGUAUCUGCAACAAUAACAACAUCAACAAUAACACCAGUUACUGGUCCAUUUACAGCAUCAACAAAUGUACAACAAAAUUUUUUAUCAACAAUACCAAUAUCAAAGUCAAGUCCUGAUGAACGUGGUACAAUAAAUUCACAUGAACAACACAGUACAUCACCAGCGAGCAAUGCUCUCGGACGAAUUGACAAGGAGCCCGAAUCUCCAGAUUCCAUUCAAGAUGAGCAUUUGCACGAUGACGUUGAUGAUGCUGAUCUCAGUGGAGAUGAUAGAAGUAUUGCAAGUGAUGUGCAAAUUGGAAAUGUAACCCUUGAUCAUGAUUCUAUGGAUUCAGAUAGAGGAGGAGCACUUAAUUUGGUAACUGAUGUGUCACAAAGAAAUAAUAGUAGUGGAACAAGUGGUGGUGCAUCAUCACCAUGUUCUGGUGAUAGUAGUUUAAUGACAGGUAGUCAUGCUGGACAAACAGAUAAUUCACAAGCAGCAUUAGCUGCACAAUUAGUUGGUCAACAACUUUUAAUGCAUGGAUCACUUGGUGGUUUAAGUUCACAAGAAAUUCAAGCACUUGCAUCAACAUUACAACAACAACAACAAUCACUUCAACAACAUUUACAACAUAUUGCUAUGUAUCAACAAGCAAAUCCUGGCUCAACAAAUCAGCUACCAUCACAAGCACAAUUUUUUCUACAAAAUCAGGGACUGUUGCAGAGUGGAAGCUUUGCCCAUCAAAGGUCAACUCAUUCACAAUCACAGUCUAUGCAGGUACAACAAGCAGUAGCACAAGCAGCACAACAGCUACAAGCUUUACAAAAACAACAAACAUUACAUGGUAGUGGUGGUCUUGUAGGUAGAAAUGUACAACCUCAACAACAACAACAACAACAACAACAGCAACAACAACAACAACAGCAACAACAACAUACACCACCACCAUCAACAACUCCACCAUCAGCAAAAUUAAUGUCAUCAAGACUUGAACCAUCACCGGAAGAGACAACAGAUCUUGAAGAACUUGAACAAUUUGCUAAAACAUUUAAACAACGACGUAUUAAAUUAGGUUUUACACAAGGCGAUGUUGGUCUUGCUAUGGGAAAAUUAUAUGGAAAUGAUUUUUCACAAACAACAAUAUCAAGGUUUGAAGCAUUAAAUCUUUCAUUUAAAAAUAUGUGUAAAUUAAAACCAUUGCUACAAAAAUGGCUUGAAGAUGCUGAUAAUUCAUUGAAUAAUCCAAAUUCAUUAUCAAAUCCAUUAACAACACCAGAAGCUAUUGGUAGACGAAGAAAAAAACGUACAUCAAUUGAAACAAGUGUACGUGUUGCACUUGAAAGAGCAUUUGUACAAAAUCCAAAACCAACAUCUGAAGAAAUAACAGUUCUUGCUGAUAGUCUUGCAAUGGAAAAAGAAGUUGUUAGAGUAUGGUUUUGUAAUAGGCGGCAAAAAGAAAAAAGAAUAAAUCCACCAACAGCAGCAAUGGGUAGUCCAGCAAUGGCAUCACCAGCACCAUCUGUUUUUGCAUCAUUAACAAGUUCAAUGUCAGGUAGUCCAUCAGCAUUGACAACUCAUUCAUCAACAAGAGGACAUUCUCAUUCACUUCCAACACCUCUUAGUUCACCUUUACCAUUGGCACUUGUUGCAUCAACUGGUGGUAGUUAUAAUGCACUUCAUAAUAAAACAAAUGAGUGACAUAAACCAAUGACCAAUCAGGCAAAUGGUCUUUUCCAUCAACAUCAUCAUAAUCAUCAACAACAUCAAUUUCAUCAUUAUCAUUAUCAAUCAUCACAACAAGAACAACAAUCACAAUCCCAGCAAAAUAAUCAUCAACAUCUACGGGUAAAUCAUCAACAACAAGAACGACAAGAAGAAAAUUUUCAUAAUCAACAACGACGUUUGUGCAAUGUUUCUGAAUAUCAAUAAUUAGAAACAGUUUUUAAUUGACAAAUUUUAAUCAAUAUGAUUGAAAUAGUUUAAAAUAUUUAUUAUUUAAUUUAAAAAAUUUAUGUCAGUCAAUAAUUAAUAUAUCAUUCCAAUUUUAUCUCAAUUCAAUUACAAUUUAAUACACAAUUUACGUGAAAAUUAUUAAUGAUUACACUUGGAUGAUAAUACGAAUGACUUGAGAUAUAUAUUAAUUUAUGUUGUAAAUAAUUUUCGAUAAAAAAAAAAAUAUAAAUAAAAUAUGAAUAUCUGCUAU